AGAGGUUGUGCAAGGUGAUGCGGGCAGCCUUCUUGGCCCAGGCCUGUGAGGCACCGCCUCCCCGGCAGCUCCUGCCUGGUGGCAGGUGGCAAGGCAGGUGGCAGGUGGUGGCAGGCUGCUGGGGGUGCCCUAAGCCGGGGCGGGCGAUGACUCUGGGCGCGCAAUGAAGCCAGGGGGGCUCUGCUCACACUUCCUGGGGGCCGCCCACACCUCUUCCGGGGCCUGGGGCCCUUUUUCCACCUUACACCAGGGCAGCAGCUGCUGCCACUCACAGGCAUCCCGGCAACGACAGUGGAGAGAGCCUGCAGCGUUCCAGGAAGGGAAGCUGGGCAACGAGUUCCAACAAGCCAGGUGUCUGGAGCUCAGGCAGGCGGGCGCCUCUGAGGGCAAGUUCCUCCCCAGCGGGCGCGGAGCUCCCAGACCGAGGAGAUGGAGGAGCAAGUGUUCAAAGGGGACCCGGACACCCCUCACUCCAUCUCCUUCUCCGGCAGCGGCUUCUUGUCCUACUACCAAGCAGGAGUGGUGGACGCCCUGCGAGACCUGGCCCCCCGGUUGUUGGAAACCAGCCAUCGCUUUGCGGGGACUUCAGCAGGUGCAGUGGUGGCGGCCCUGGUCAUCUGCGGGAUUGAAAUGGAUGAGUACCUCAAAGUCCUCAAUGUGGGUGUAGCUGAGGUGAAGAAGUCCUUCCUGGGACCCCUGGCCCCGUCCUGCAGGAUGGUGCAGAUGAUGCGGCGGUUUCUGUAUCAGGCGCUGCCUGAGGACUCCUACAAGGUCGCCAAUGGGAAGCUCCACGUGGCCCUCACCCGCUUAACAGAUGGAGAGAGUGUGGUGGUUUCUGAGUAUACGUCCAAGGAGGAGCUCAUCGAGGCCCUGUACUGCAGCUGCUUUGUGCCUGUCUACUGUGGCCUCAUCCCCCCAACUUACCGUGGUGUGAGGUACAUUGAUGGGGGCUUCACCGGCAUGCAACCCUGUUCCUUCUGGACUGAUUCCAUCACCAUCUCCACUUUCAGUGGGCAGCAGGACAUCUGCCCCCGGGACUGUCCCGCCAUCUUCCAUGACUUCCGCAUGUUCAACUACUCUUUCCAGUUCUCCCUGGAAAACAUCACCAGGAUGACCCAUGCCCUAUUCCCCCCUGACCUGAUGGCCCUGCACGACUACUACUACAGAGGCUAUGAGGAUGCUGUUUCUUACUUGAAGCGUUUGAAUGCGGCUUACCUCAAUUCUCCCUCCAAGAGAGUGAUCUUCCCUCGGGUGGAAGUGUACUGCCAGAUAGAACUUGCCCUAGGCAAUGAGCACCCUGAACGCAGUCAACCAUGUCCCCAAACAGAACAAGCCAGUGUGGACAAGUCCACACAGCCUCAAACACUUUAUGCUCCCAAAGGGAAAGGAAGGAAUUGCCAGGGUCAACCUCUGUCCCCACUUGUGCAGACACCUGAAUCCACCUGUGAGUGGCCCGUGGGGUCACCUGUUUCACCACCUGGGUCUCCAUUUGGUCCGUCCCUUCGACCAUUUCUAUCACAUUCUACAACUGACUUGCCACCUGGAUCAUCCCUGGUUGAGCAUCUACCACCCAUGUCACCACAGCAGCGGGGACAGUCAACCAGAUCACCACCCAGAUGCCCAUCCUCACAGGCAUCAGUGUCCCCCAGGCCAUCUCUGGAGCCAUCAGUUGUGGAGAAACCUCAAAAGUCACUCUGCACAGUAUCACCUGCACAGCCACUUGUAGAAGAACUGGGCCCAGAACAGCCACAAGCUCCCCUUGCCUCUCUGAAUCUACAGAGGACCAUGCCCCUGGCUAGCGUAAAGAAACCCCCAAGCAAGCCUUCAGCAGUGGAAAGCCCUGCGGAAGACCCCCACUGGGAGAACAAGAUCUUUAAAAAGAACAAACAGAAGACAAAUGGUACCAGAAAAGGCUUGCUGAGGCACCCAAAAGCCAAAAAAGCCGAUGGCAAAGUGCAGUCUGCUUCCUACCCACUUGACCUGCUCUCCACUUCUGACACAGUGUGGCUCACCUACAGGCCUCAUCCCAGCCGGACUCAGGAAUACAGCUGCCCCCAGGAAGCUGUGAGCCAAGAGAGAAAGUCUGAACUGGAAUGGGAGAGAAGCUGAGGACCUAGAUGGAGUCUUCCCAACUCUGCUCUGACAUCCUUCCUCCACCCUAGGAUUUUAGGGACCAUGGGUGACACCCACUACCAAGGCUGUUGGUGCAAAAGAUCCUGCUCCCCCUAAGCUAGCAUCUUCUUGUCUAAAUAUCCUCUCAGCCUCCCUGAGGUCCUUCCAGCCUUCUAAUGAUACAACACCAGACAGACUAAUGCAUGGACAUGUGAACACUGGACAGACUGAUGAAAAUAGAAGUCAGUGGUGAAAAGAUGAGUAUCAGCCCCCCUGCAUCUGGUCCACAGAGCAAAACUCUUUCCAGUCAGACAGAACUGAGCCCUGGAACCACUUUACUCUUUUCUGUGGUAGCUAAAGACCAAGUUCUUCUCAUGUCUUGGUUUUAAUUCUCACAGUACACUGAAAACUUGA